AUGAGUGUGAUAAUUCGCCUGCAGAAUUUGCCGUGGUCAGCGAACGCUUUGGACAUUCGAGGCUUUUUCCGUGGUCUGUCGAUCCUCGAUGGCGGUGUUAACAUCGUUGGUGGUGAAAUGGGGGAUGCUUUCAUAGCCUUCAGCUCGGAUGAGGACGCGCGCCAGGCGAUGAUGAUGGAUGGGGGAAAGAUUAAGGAGGUGGGCGUGCGUCUUUCCCUAUCAUCGCGUACAGAAAUGCAGAAGGUGAUUGAAGUUGCACGCCAAUCAACUGCCGCUUUCGCUCCAAUUGCCGCUGCUCCGGCGCCUGCUCCAAUUGUGCCGGCAGCGGCGCCUCAAGUGGCGCCGCCGGUGGUGGAAACGCCGGCGAUUGUGAGCGGAGCGUCUCUGGCGUCGCCGCUGUCGAAUCUGUUGACACAGCAAAUGCUGCAGCAGAUGGCGAAGCAACAGGCGCAAUUGGCGGCCGGGAAGACGCUUCUGGUGGGAGAGAUUGCGCAGCAACUGAGUCCGAUGCUGCAACAGCAGCAGCAGCAACAGCAACACUUUCCAAUGAUGCAGAAUCAGCUGCAUAAAGAUCCGCGGCGAUCAAUGGAAAUGGCGGAGAUGGGAAAUAAAGACAUACACAGGCGAUCUCUUGAGUCUGUGACGUCCAGUGAUCGCGUGGAGGGCCAGGAGAGGGAGAAGGAGAGAGAUCGUCGUGGGAGGGAUCGCCGAUCGCGAUCUCGUGAGCGGAGGCGAUCGCGAUCGAGGGAGAGGAGCAGCAGGAGGAGAAAGGAGAGAAGUCGUUCGCGCGAAAGACGCGGUGAUCGGCGACGGCGCAGGACGAAUUCGCGGGAGGAUCAUGAGAGGUCGAGCAAGGAGCGCGACAGAAGGGAUCGCCACAGGGAUGACGCGAAGCCUGGUGGGGCUGUCUUCACGGCGGCACCGCAAAUCUGGGAUAUUCCACCCAAUAUCCCCAAUGCGUCACAGACAAUGAUCAGUCCUUCGGUGGUGCCGGAGGUGAAGGUCAACCAGAAGAGAUCACUGAGUCCUGAAGAGAGGGCGAAUUUGAUGAAACUGAACGACAAGAGGGACUCAAGUGCCUUUCAGGGCAAUUCGUGGAAGGGUAGGAAUUCCGGUGGCGACAAAGAAGGCGGUCGAUGCGUGAAGAUUUAUGGAAUGGAUCCAAUUACGGGCUAUGGAGAGAUCAGGCGAUUCUUCUACGGGCUGUCAAUCAACACAGAUGGCAUAAAGAUGAUCAAUGACAGGCAUGGGAAGCGCGUCGGCAUGGCGUAUAUUGAAUUUAUGCGAUCGGAGACACGCAGUGUGGCACUGGCGCGCAAUGGGAUGAUGCUGAAGGAUCGCAAGGUGCGCAUUAGUGAGAUAACGCAAGAGGAGUUUGAUAAGGAGGUGGACUCUUUCAGGCCCACCUUCAGCAGAAAUUCGCACGCGGACAGAGUGUUCCAGGAGUUGGAUGAGAUGCAGAAUGACAGCAAUAAGGCGACACGAUGUCUCAGAGUGUCCAAUUUGCCGUCACAUGCAACGCAGCAGGAUGUCAUUAAGAUGUACUCUAACUUUUCGCUGGAUGAAAUUGUGAUGCUGCAGGAGAGUCCCAGGAUUUACACGGCCUACGUGAGAUUCUUCCGCAUGGACGACACACGGUUGGCCUACAAUUUACCCGCGGGACACUUUCACUUCCGCAAUCUGGAGAUUAGUCUGUGCGAUGAGGACAAAUUCCACAGGAUCUUGAUGAAACAUGGUGUUGGGCAGAAUUCAGUGGACGACGAGAGGAGUCAAGAGUCGGUGGAUGAUGUGAAUCUCAAUGAUUCGCGGGAGAGUGAUGCGCUGUAUGUGGUUGAGGAUGAGAGGAGCAAUGAGGUGUACGAAGUGCAGGACGACGAAGCGUUGUGUGAGAAUGACGUGUCGAUGGACAUUGUGUCGCAGGAUAGCAAUGAGGAGUGCUCAAGUGCAUUCAGGCGGCAGGAAGAUCCUCGUCUCCUGAGAACGUCGGACAAUAUUCAGUCGACAUUCUUCAACCAAAGCUCUCUCGAUCCGCGUCUCAAUCGAUCGUCGGCAGCGUCUGAGAGUCGCGACCCGCGCUUGAGCAUGUCGAAGAAGCGUAGCGAUUGCGUGGUGAUGUCAAAUCUGGAACCAAAGAUCACUGAUCGCGAUGUUGUGGAUUUCUUCUCGGACAUUGGGCUCAUUCCGCUGCGAGUGCACAUUUUGCUGAACACCAUGGGAAGUCCGUCCGGGGAUUGCUUCGUGGAGUUCUCCAGCACAGACGAUGCCGACAAGGCGCUGACGAAGAACAAGCAGCACUUGGGGAACAAUGAGAUGACGGUGGAGUUGAUUGCGCGCGAUAAAGUGGAUGAGAUUCUCAAUUCCUUCGACGAGUCGUCGCCGCCAUUCGAGGCGGAGUUGGCGGACGAGAUGCCGCCGCAGAUGUUCCCGAUGCGCGGCGCCUUUGGCAUGCAGCCGCCGAUGAUGCGAAUGCGAGGACCUUUUCCGCCUCGCAUGCCAAUGGGUCCGAAUGGUGGGCCCCCCUUGGGACCUUUCGCGCGGCCGCCGUUCGGCAUGCGGAUGAAUGGCAACGGCGGCGGACCGGCGAUGAUGGGCAUGAUUGUGCCGCGCAGCGUCGUGAACAUCGAGAACUUGCCGUAUCGCGCCAAGUGCGAUGACAUCCUGGAGUUCUUUGGGGACUUUGAGCUGACGCCAGCGGACAUCAUCAGGCGGUUCAACGACAAGGGCCAGCCGACGGGCGAUGCCAGGGUGAGAUUCAGGACGCCUGGCGAGGCCAUGAGGGCGGUGGAUACGCGGAAUCAGAAGAGAAUCAUGGGACGGCCGGUGUAUCUGAAAGUGCUGGACAAUUGA